AUGGGUUCCACAAAUAAUGAGGUAGAGGAUAUACUCAAAAGGCUGCAUAUUUCUGACUCAAAAAUCGAAGAGCUCAAGACAAAGCCGCAAGUUCUCAGGAAUAUCGAGAGAAUAAACCAAUCAACAGCCAACUUUACCAAGAUGCACUAUGCCUUGGCAUGUACUGCACCCAAAAAUGCAGAUCUGGCCAGAAUAAGCGGGCUCAUUGACAGAGGACUGAUACAACACGACAACAUGCUCAGAGGAGUGUAUAAGGCGAUGGAAAAGAAUCUUUCUGACGACGAAGUCGUUGAGUUUAUACGAAGAAACGACUAUCCCAGAGAAGCAAUACAGAAAGCACUGGACGAGAAGAAAGGGAAGGCAAAGAAGGAUAUUCUCAAAGAGAUCAAGACAGAAAUGCCCUAUGCAGACUUCAAGAUUGUGAUGGAAAUGGUUAAUGGAAUGGGAGAGCCUGGAAGUGUCCCCAACAUAGAUGGAGACAGUGCAGAUGCCAGCACAGGUGCUAUUAAAGAUUGGCUGGACGAGGGCGAGAUAGCUAGAUUGCACAGGCCUGGCGAGAAUCCCCAGGUCUCUGAGGAGAUUAGACAGGCUCAUCUUGAAAGAACUAAGGGCAAGGUUGUUACUAGAUUUCCCCCCGAGCCUAACGGCAAUCUCCAUAUUGGACAUGCCAAGGCCAUCAAUCUUAAUUUUGAAUAUGCUGAGAAAUUUGGCGGAUACACAUAUUUGAGAUAUGACGAUACUAAUCCCAGAAAUGAAUGCGAGGAGCAUUUCGAAUCUAUCUUGGAAGAUAUAAGAUGGCUGGGAUACGAGCCCUAUGCCAUUACUAGCUCUAGUGACUACUUUGACAAAAUGGUUGACUAUUCAUUUGAUCUAAUUAGAAAUGAAAAAGCAUAUGUCUGCCACUGCACCCUCGAUGAUAUACGAAACAGGAGGAAGCAAUUUCAGAAUGAAAGAGACUCUGGAAACUGCGACGCAACGAUUCUAAGUCCGUACAGAAACAGGAGUGUCAAGGAGAAUCUUGCGGAGUUCCAAAAAAUGCUGGAUGGUAAGUAUGGCGAGGGCGAGGCUGUUUUUCGGUUUAAAAUGAAUCUUGAGUCCAGAAAUCCGCUGAUGCUGGAUCUUGUAGGAUCUAGAAUCAUUAACCUCAGCCAUCCCAGAAAAGGCAGAAACUUCUAUGUCUAUCCAUCGUAUGAGUUUGCUCUGUGCGUUUCUGAUUCGCUGGAGGAUGUUACGCAUAGCUUCUGCUCACGUGAGUUCUAUACCAGGCAAGAGCCUUACCAUUGGCUACUGAAGAACCUUGGCCUGUACGAGCCUGUGCAAUGGGAGUUUGCUAGACUUAAUCUCAGCAAUACUGUUCUUUCCAAGCGUAAAUUGACUGAAUUGGUCAAAAGAGGUAUGAGCUGGGAUGAUCCCAGAUUCUACACUAUUAAGGGCAUGAGGAGGAGAGGAUUUACACCAACAGCAAUCAACAGCUUUGUAAGGAGUGUUGGCAUUACCUUUAGCGAGUCCAUCAUUGAUGUAAAAAUUCUUGAAAACUUUGUGCGGGAUGACCUGAACAAAAUAGCUAAAAGAGUAUUCUGCGUACGGGAGCCAUUGAAAUUGAUAAUUAACAAUCUUCCAAAGAAAAAUGUUGAGUUGCCCGUUCAAACCGGCAACGAGCACAAGGAGACCGUAACCGUUGAGGUAAGUAAAACGGUUUAUAUCGAUAGCGCAGACUUCAGCGAGGAGCCUUCUGAUGGCUUUCUGAGACUAACCAAGACUAGUCCCGUUGGAUUAAUCAACCUAGGAACGGUCAGAUUUGUUGAGAAGACUAGCGAUGCCAUUGUGGUUCAGUUAGUUGAUGAGAAGCCAUCCAAGCACAUCCAUUGGGUGCCGAAUCUUAGCCAUAAGGUGGAGCUGAGGCUUUACAGACCCCUAUUUAACUCCUUCAAUCCUGAAGAGAAAGGCUAUCUUGAGGAUAUUAACUUUGAAAGUCUGGAGAUUGUCGACGGAUACUGCGAUUCGAGAAUUUUAGGAUCUAAGAAUCUGGACAAGAUCCAAUUCGUCAGAUUUGGGUAUUUCUGCUGUGACAAGGACAGUAGGGAUGACCACUUGGUGUUCAAUUUGACUUUGCCCUUGAAAAGCUCAAUUUAA